AUGGAAAUACAACAAAAAUCAUUACAAAUUAUUUGCUUACAAACAUCUUUAACACAAUAUCAUUAUCAAUCUUAUUCAAUAUUAAAAAAUUAUCUAUUAAAACGUAUUCAUCUUGGUAUAAAAUCACAAUUGCCUACAAAUAAAAAUCUAUUUAAUGAAGUACGUGCACAAAAUCCUACGCUUGUUAUUCUUCCUGAAAGUACAGGCGCAUGGCUUUAUUUAAUGUGUGUACCAAUGCCACAAUUUUUACGUAAUUAUUUUUUUAAUUAUCGUAAUAUAAAAACAAAUCGUCAUUUAUUAUUUAUAACUUAUACAUUAAUAACACAUAUACGAUUAUAUUUUAAAGAAAUCUAUCGAAAUUAUCAUUCCAAAUGUACAUGGAUUGGUUUAAUACAACAUUCCUGGUUCAGUCUUUUUGCUGAACAAACUUAUUCUAUUUAUAAAAAAUUAUUUAGUGAAUUAGCUUGUGAAACAAAUACGACGAUUGUUGCUGGUUCGAUUUUUACAUAUGAAAAUAGUAAUAAAAAUAAAUUACAAAAUAUCUCCUAUGUUUUUGAACCAAAUAAUGGUUCAAUCUGUCUUCAAUCUGGUAAACAAUAUCCUACUAGUGAAGAAAGUCAUUUUAUUGAUUGUUAUAAACAGCCACCAUCGAUUUAUUCGAUUCCAAAUACUAAUAUCGAUAUCGGUGUACUUGUAUGUGCUGAUAGUUGGAUGCCACAAGUUUAUGAAGAAUAUAGUAAAAUAGAGUUAGAUCCUAAUCGGCGUUUUCUUUAUAUUAUUGUUGCAUUAAGUACUGGUGAAUGGAAUACGCCUUGGCCUGGCUAUGAUACAAAUGUUGAUAUUCCUAAAGAUGUCGAUAAUAAACAUUUGACUACAUUUUCUUUACCAAAAGCAUGGUUUCACUAUGCUGUAAAUCGUGGAUUUAAUGUAUUAAGUAAACGAAAUGAUCUAAUUGGAUAUGGUGUUAUUUGUUGUCAAGGUGUAUUAAAUAUAAUGAAUGAUAUUCAAGCACAAGGUGAAAGUAUAAUAUUAAUAAAACGUUCGAAAACAGAAGCUUCUAUAUUAUAUGAAGCUAACAUUUACGAAGAUGAAAAAAUAUUAACAUGUGAAUUUUGA